AGGAGGAGACGGAGCGCGCGCUGCACACACACCUGAUCAGCGCGGAUCGGUAGAGUCCAAUCAGAGCUGAUCAGCAGUAUCGAUCAGGGUGAGCCGGGGACAAUCGACAUGAGCCCGUCCCGCCCUCUGACCGCCGCCGGGAGCUGAUGAAGAUGAUGAAGAUGAUGAAGGUGCUUCCUCAGCUGCACGCGCUCCACAAGUGAUCCGGUGUAAGAUGCCACCGGGACCCGGAGCUCGGCACGCGGCUCGGAUCGAGAACAACCCGGGGUAACAGAAACCAGAACAGACAGAAACCAGAGGCCAAAACCAGAACCAGAGCAGAGUCCAGAUCCUCGGGGAGUCCGCCCCGAGCCGGGACCGGAACCGGGAGGGAGACCCGGGAGGAGCCGGGACCGGGAGGGAGACCCGGGAGGAGCCGGGACCGGAGCGCACUGACAGAGAUCGAUCAAUCGAUCAAUCAAUCGAUCGAUCGAUUGAUCGGUCCCGGCUGUGCUCCUUCAGGUCCGCAUGAUGCCGUCCCGGUUCCCGGUCCUCCUGGUGCUGCUGCUGGCGGCGGCGCUGCUCCGGAGCUCCGGCGGCCGAGUGGAGAGGCGACCGGACGGACGCAGCCUGUCGGAGCUCGUAGGACGGAUCCCGAGGACCGGAACCGGAGUCAGACAGAGCAGAGGUCAGCCAGGACCGGAGGCUCACCACCUAGAUCCACGAUACAAGGAGAAGUUAAUCAUACACCUGACAGGUCCUCUUUACUUCAACCCAAAGUGCAGAAAACAUUUCAACAGACUGUACCACAACACGAGAGAAUGCACAGUACCUGCCUAUUAUAAAAGAUGUGCCCGUCUGCUGACUCGACUGGCCAGCAGUCCUCGCUGUGCGGAGAGAUAACGGACGGCGAGAUGCAGCUGCUGGACAGGAAGUGUUGCCGUGAUAACGAGGAGGGUGGGGCAUCUGAAAGAGGUCCUUCAAGCAGCAGAAACACCUCAGAGACGCCACUGUCAGCCGAUGAGCUUGACUGACUUCGAUCCACUACCAGAACUUAACUCAGCACGAGGACCAAGUUGGACCAAGUUGGACCAGGUUCCAGUCUGGGUCGGUCGGACCUUCCCGCUGUCGGAUCUACAAUCCCACACCCUCCAUCCAGGAUCUCACCAGACCCUUAGCACCUUUGGACUUUUGGAUGGACUCAACUCCACUUCAUCCCACUCAGCAGACCUUUUUCACAGCAGCCUUUGUGCCGUGAAACAGUCGGGUAAACACAGGUUCAGUUCCACUCAGAUCAAACAGACUCACAGUGCUGCUAUUGAGCACGUCUGCUACGUUAUAAUAUAAGCUCUGGUUCUUGAACUGGUUCCUUGGUUCUGCCCAGUGGCACCUUUGUAAACAAAAGAACGACCUGUUCGGAACCUUAAAAAACUUUGGUUCCAGAGGAAACUAAUAAACAGAUUUACUUUUGGUCGAAAUGCUUCGAAUUGUUUAAAACUUGGUGUGCGAACCACUACGGAGCCGGUUCUGUAUUGGUAGAAAAAACAAGUAAAUGGAACCGAACCUUGAUUAGUA